AUGCUUUGCGCGCGUCUUUUUGGGCUUCGCUGCGCCGCUGCCGCCGGCCGACGCGGAGGGGGCCAUGGUCUGCGGGCGCAGGAAGAGCGGAGAGGGACGCCGGGGGGAGGGAGGGAGGGUCGCAGCUCAGGGCGGAGAACUCAUGAGAAUCUGCGCGUUGUUGGUUCACGCCAUGAGAUGGUUGUGUUGGAAGAGGUUGACGGUGGUACAGAAUGUGUAACGGGCGAAGGGGCCCUGUUUAGGUGGUUAUGA